AUGGCCACGCGUCCGACAAGGCGCAAGACCCCAUGGCUCUCUAGGAGUGCUGUGCUGGCUUCACUUAACGUUGCGCUCUUCGCCGCCGCUAUGACUGUCUGGUGGCAUAUUCACGUCCUCCUGCGCAGCUUCGAUUGUGACCCCAAGCCUCACAAGGAUCACUUCGAGCCAGACUUGCUCUAUGAUACCAAAGUCACCUUCCAGCCGCACUAUUACUAUGGCGGCCCGCCCAGCAACCACACUGACGAGAUGUGGCAGCGACUGUCUCCUCCUGGCGACGGCAUCGUGGAGGUACCUAAUGCCUUUACCGCGAACCUGCCAUUUUCUCUUCCAGCCCCAAACAAUCCAGACACUCACAAAGUCUAUGGUGUCUCCAUGUUCCACCAGCUACACUGCCUCAACUUUCUUCGGUUUGCGUACUACCCAGAUAACGUGGAAUUAAUGACUCCAAAGGAGAUCGUCGCCCACCGGGACCACUGCCUCGAUUACAUCCGUCAGGCCAUCAUGUGUGCCGGCGAUACUACUUUCGAGCCCCUCACUAUGGUUGGUAUUAACGGCAUGGGCGCCACGCACCAGUGCCGCAACUUCGAGCGUCUAUUCUCAUGGGCGUAUGAUCACCGCUCUGACAAGAAGGAGGAGGGCUCUGGGUAUAAAGGCGGGGUGGUGACGCACACGCCAGGACAUAGGAACGACUUUGUCGACGGCGAUGAGGGUGCUGUUGUGCCCUCGCACCAUCAUCAUGGGUCUGGCUAA